AUGAAGUUUAAAAUUAUUUUUUUGAUUUCAUUAAUUUAUUUUAUAAAUUACGUAAAUUCAAAAAAAAAUUGUCAAAGUUAUGAUGAAAAAGAGUGCUCAAAAAACAAAGAUGAAUGUUAUUCAAGUUAUGUAAGUUCAUGUUGUGAGAAAGAUUUUUUUACGUGUUUGCCCAUUCCAUCAAAGUAUUGCUCUCCCAAAGAGUUGGAACCUUCGCCAAUUAUUAUUGAUCAUGAAAAAAAUUUAAUCAAAAGUAAUAUAAAAGAAGAAAAUUUAUUGGAUGAAAAACAAAUAAUUUCCCAAAAUUCUCACGAAUGGUGUUUAAAAAAGAAAAAAUUAAUAUUAAAAUUCAAUUCAUCAUGUGUACCUGAAUCAGAUAGUGAUUUUGAUUAUUUCAAACCCAAUAAAUAUAAAUGUAAAUUUACAAAAUGUUUAAAAGGUUUUAAAUGUGUAGAUAACGACCAUAAUGAAUUUCAUAAAAAGUGUGACUCCUUAUCAAAUCCAUGUUGUUCAUAUCAAAGUAAAUGUGUUCCUACCAAAGAUGCUCACAAAUUGGAUGUUCCAAUUACUAAAAAACCAAAGGGUGAAUUAAAGCAAUUAAUCUAUAGAAAUUUAAAUCCAAAUUUUGAAGAAAAGGAAAACCACGAUAAAUCCCAUGGUCAAACUGAUAGCUCUCAUAAAAAAAAGAAAUCAAACCACCAUGAAGAUGUAGGUGCUAAAAAGCAAGAUAAUAAAAAUCAUGAUAAUCAAUCACCAGCAUACGAUGAAUCUAAUAAUAAAAAACAUGAUAAAGAUAAUAAAUCAAAUCAUCAUGAUAAAAGUCAUAAAAUUCACAUUAAAAAAGAUAAACACCAAAAUAAUGAUGAACAACACGACAAUAGUACCCCUCAACCAUUAAAACAAAUACCUAAUCAUAUUGAAUAUAAUGAAAACUUUAAAGACCCUGGUUUUAUUGCUAAUGAUAUAGCAAUUAAUAAUAAUAAUAAUCAAAAAGAAAAUAAUGAAAAAAGAAACAAUAAUAAUGUAUUAAAUCCCAGAAUAAUCUAUAAAGAUCAAUCAAACCUCAAUAACAAUAUUAAUGAAGCAUCCAAAAAUGGUAAAAAACAGACACUAGUAAAUGGUUAUGUGAUAUCAAAUGAACAACAGUUUGUAAAUAAAAGGUUAUUAUCUUUAGAAGGGGCUGAAGAAGAUCUAGAUACCGAUGAAAAUGAUCAAACCGAAAAUACAGAGUCGGCUGGUGAGGAAGAAAAAAAUAAAAAGAAAAAAAAUAAAAAAUCAAAAAAUAAGAAUAGUAAUAAAAAAAACAAUAAUAAGAAAAAGAAAAAGGAUAACAAACAUAAAAAAACAAGUAAACCAAAGAAAACAAGUAAACCAAAGAAAACUGAGCCACCUACCAGAAAACCCACAAAAGCACCUACUCAGCCACCCACUGAACCACCCACUGAACCACCUACCCAACCACCUACUCAGCCACCAACUGAACCACCCAAAACAUCAAACACACCCAAUCCAUGUAUAACUGCACUUUGCCCCGAAGGAUCAAAAUGUUUUGUCGCUAAAAAUGGUAAACCAUAUUGUAAAUUGCCAAACUUCCCAUCCAAUUUAAGAAGUUCAAAAUUCUUACUAAAAACUGAAGAACAGGAUAAAACAACUCCCCUAACAUGUCAAAACUACUAUUGUAAUUAUGAUCAAAUCUGUUAUAUCGAAGGAUCAAUACCAAAGUGUAAACCAAGACCUAAAGUACAAACCACUUUCUACGAAAAAGAUUGCAGUAGUUGUCCCCCAGAUAGCUCAGCGUGUGGAUCCAGAGACGAUGGGGAAGGCGUUGUUUGCCGUGUUAACCCAAUUACUUGUGGUCUUGUAAAAUGUCCCGGUGAUCAAUUCUGUAUGGAUAAUACUGGUGACCUAAGUCCAAACUGCUAUGAUAAAAUGAAUUGCUCCACAGUCAAAGCUCCAAAAGGAUACACCUGUCUACCAAAUGAGCAAAGAGGAGGCAUAUUUGUUAUUGAAAGCCCACCACUCAGUUGUGCCAAUGUACCAUGUCCUUCAGAUAAAAUUUGUUACAUAGAAAACUCUAUUCCCAAAUGUAAAUCUAAACCAAUGCAACAAUUGGUACAUUAUAGAAAUAAUUGCUCAAGUUGCCCACCAGACUCAUCAUCGUGUGGAACAAGAAAUGAUGGAAAACCAGGUGUUGUUUGCACUAUUGUACCAGUUAAAUGUAAUGUUGUACUAUGUCCUCUUUACAAGUUUUGUAUGGAUAACACAGAAGAUAUGAAACCAAACUGCUAUGAAAAAAUGGAUUGUGCUUUAGUUAAAGCUCCAAAAGGUUACAAAUGCCAACCUGAUAAUGAAAGAGGUGGAAUUUUUGUUAAAAAAUAAAUUAAAUAAAAUAGUUAAAAUUGUUUAU